AUGGUUUCCCACAAGACCGCUCGUGGUAAGGCUGCUAUGGAACGUUUAAAGGUCUUCGAAGGUGUCCCACCUCCAUACGACAAGAAGAAGAGAGUUGUUGUUCCACAAGCUUUGAGAGUCUUGAGAUUGAAGCCAGGUAGAAAAUACACUACUUUGGGUAAGUUGUCUUCUUCUGUUGGCUGGAAAUACGAAGAUGUCGUCUCCAAGUUGGAAGAAAAGAGAAAGGUCAGAUCUGCUGAAUUCUACGCUAAGAAGAAGGCUUUCAACAAGAAGGUUGCUGCUGCCACUGCUGCUGCUUCUGAAUCUGAAGCCGCUAAGAAAUUGGCUACUUUGGGUUACUAA